UGUGUUUUGUAUGUAGGCCGCAGUCAUGCUAAAAACGGAGAAGAUUUUGCACCUGAAAACGCAGCGGGGCCGGUCUGUGAGAGCCGUGCGGGAGCAUUACCUGCGGGAGGAUGUGCGCUGCGGGAGCGCUUUGUGUCACACGUGCCCCAGGGACGGAAAGCUGUUGUCUGAAGAACUGACUCACUAUGUGGUCCCAGACUGUCAGGUGCUUCAAGAUUACCAGGAAGUGUUGGAAUUCCCAGAGUUACGGGGCAUUAUAAUCAUGCAGACUGCGUGCCAGGCUGUACAGCAUCAACGUGGACGAAGGCAAUACAAGAAGUUGUGUUCUCUGCUUAGAGACACUCGUCAUGACUGCAUCUUGUUCUCCAAUGAGUUCCAGAACCAUGCCUAUCUCCCUAGAGAAAUGGGAGAAUCCGCUUUGGCCUGGCAAACAAGGUGCAUCUACAAUUCCUGUGUGUGGUACUAUCAGCACUGUCAGAAGAAAAUCCCUGUCGUUAUGGUCACAGAAGAUGAAUCUGUCAUCGGGAAGUACAACACGGAGACCCAAGAGGUGUAUGUGGUCUCUUUUCAGAUUUACCUGGAGACUUUUUGGCCCAAUUUUAAAGGAGCCCUGGAGCUGUAUAAAUCUCUAAGAGAUACCCAUCUAGAGCGCAAGUUAGAGAGCCGGGAGAGUAAUGGCAAAGAGUAUCCGGAGCAUCUGCCGCUGGAAAUUCUUGAGGCUGGCAUCAAGUCUGGCAGAUACAAACAGGGUGUUCUCAGUGUGAACAAGCACAGAGCUCAACUGGAAUCAUUUGUACGACUUCAGGGCUUAGGAGGCAAAGAAACAGAUAUUCAGAGUGACAUUUUUAUCCAUGGAACCAAGCCACGGAACAGAGCAAUCCAUGGAGAUUUGGUGGCAGUGGAGUUGCUUCCGAAGUCUGAAUGGAAGGGGAGAACUGGAGCUCUGUGCGAGAAUGAAACGGAUGAGAAAGUGGGGGAUAUGCAGGCUGAGGUUAUGCCAACAGGUCGUGUGGUGGGAAUCAUGCAGCGGAACUGGAGAGAUUAUGUGGUAACUUUCCCAGCUAAAGAGGACACUGAAACCCAGGGUAAAAACACCCAGAAGGUCCUUGUUAUGCCCUGGGACUACAGAAUUCCCAAAAUAAGAAUAAGCACUCAGCAAGCAGAGGCUUUACAGAAUUACAGGGUUGUGGUGAGGAUAGACUCUUGGGAAUCUAAUUCACUCUAUCCUAAUGGACACUUUGUGCGAGCCCUAGGACGUGCUGGAAAUCUAGAGGCUGAAAUUGCAACUAUUCUGGUGGAGAACAGUAUUAGUUUGAACCCCUUCUCUGAAGCUCAGCUAGCAGAGAUGCCCGCAAACACUCCUGAGAGUCCGUGGCAGGUAAAUCCAGAAGAGGGCGGCCGUUUGGAUCUGCGGGAAACUCACUUGGUGUUCAGUAUUGAUCCAAAGGGCUGUGAGGAUGUGGAUGAUGCACUAUCCAUUCGUGUGCUACCCAGUGGGGACUUGGAGCUAGGAGUGCACAUUGCAGACGUCACACACUUUGUGCAGCAUAAUACUUACACAGACAUCGAAGCUCGGUCCAGGGCUACUACAUAUUACCUUGCAGACAGACGCAAUGACAUGCUUCCGCUAAUCUUGAGUGCUGAUCUCUGCUCUCUUCUUGGAGCAGUGGACAGGUAUGCAGUAAGUGUAAUUUGGGAAAUGGACUGCAGUACGUAUGAGAUCCGAAGAGUAUGGUAUGGCAGGACAAUUAUUCGCUCCUCGUACAAGCUCAGUUAUGAGGUGGCACAACAGUUGUUGGAUGGGGACCUUGAGCCUCUGAGUACUGAAAAGGAAUUGCAUUCACUAAAGCAGGACCCAGCUCGGCUACAACAGCUACUGUGGGCAGUGGGCAAGAUGACUGAGGUAGCUCAUGCCACCAGAAUGCGGAGAAACAUGAGCGGGGCUUUAGAACUGGAAGGAGUAGAGGUCCGUGUCCAGCUUGGAGAGAAACACAGCAUCGAUGACCUUGUCCCUAAGCAGCCCCUUCAGGUGCAUGAGACCAUUGCAGAGUGUAUGAUCUUAGCCAAUCACUGGGUGGCCAAGAAGAUUUGGGAGAGUUACCCUCAGCAUGCACUGCUACGCCUUCACCCCCCACCUCGCCAGGAAUUCUUCCAAGAGCUAAAGGAGUGUGCAAAGGCCAGAGGAUUUUCCAUUGAUACAAGAUCUAAUAAAGCUCUUGCAGAUUCACUUGACCAAGCACAUGACCCUUCUGAUCCUUUGGUGAACCAGCUGUUGCGAAUGAUGGCUACACAGGCUAUGUCUAAUGCUCGGUACUUCUCUACAGGCUCAUACACAGAGGAUGAGUUCUAUCACUAUGGUUUGGCUCUGGAAAAAUACACUCAUUUUACUUCACCAAUUCGCCGUUAUGCUGACAUAGUGGUGCAUAGGCUGCUCUUGGCCGCUGUCAACAAAGGCCCAAAGGAUCAUUUGCUUGGAAACAAGGAUCUGGAGGAACUGUGCAGACACAUAAAUGCCCGCAACCGGGCAGCCCAGCAAUGCCAGAAGCAAUCCACUGAGCUGUUCCAGUGCAUGUUCUUUAAAGACAAAGAUCCAGACUCUGACCAGCGAUGCAUCAGUGAUGCUGUUAUAUACGGCAUUCGCACAAAUGGUGUGCUGCUCUUCAUACCCAGAUAUGGCAUUAAAGGAGCAGCGUACUUGAAAAACACAGAUGGGCUUGUCCUUGCAUGUGAGGAAGAUGGCCAGUGCCGUUGGGUGCAUGGAUCCCUGCAGCGAUUACCAGCGCAAAUUGUGGUCACUACUCAGGAAGCCAAGUCGUUCUCCUUUUGUCUGUUUGAUCAUGUGACUGUGAGGAUACGGAUCCAGUCAUCUCGCUUCCACCCUGACAGCAUUCGACUGGAAAUAAUCAGCAACAGGCCUAAUCCUUCCCAGGAAGCACUGCCGUCUGCAUCAAAUCCUCAGCUGUUGAGGACUGAGCUGGUAAAGGAAGUCACCAGAACGGCAGUAGAGGCUCAGUUGGCAGUUGAGGGGGCAGCAGAGCUGAAGCCUGUGGAGCGUUACCAGGAAUACAGGCAAACCCAGGGACAGAGUCUGUACACUAUGCUGGAGGAGCUCUGGGACCUGGCCCUACUGGAUGUAUCUGGCGCAUAAUACAAUAUUUCAAGGCUCUGAACUCCUACAUCCCGAAGUUAGCAUAGUUAGAUCGGCAGUUUAUUAAUGACUUCAUGUAAGUGUCCUUUUAUUUAUGCUGCCUUUUCGCCUACUCCUUCAUGUAAUAAUUACACGGCUUAUCCUCUGUGGGCCUCAAAGACAUUUUUAGAUUCCCUAUUUAAAUCCAUUUUAAAUCAUUCAGCCUGUAGAUUCUGAGUUUUAGCAGGCAGCAUACAUUGUUUUUUUUUGGAUAACAUGUUCAUUAGGCUUUAUAUGAUUUCUUUUUAUGUUGCAUAAAUGUUUAUUUUUGAAAA